AUGUCCUCCGAUAUCUCCGCCUUACUCAGUGCCAAAGACAUCGAAAAAGCCCUGGCUGAGUGUUCUGCUUCUUUCAACCACAAGACCUUCUUCCAAACCAGCGGCCUGAAUAAAAAAAACGACGCGGAACUCACCAAAAUCUUCCGCGUUCUGGACGAGGAUGCGAGCGGAUAUAUUGAGGUGGAAGAGCUGACAAAGUUCCUGAAGAGGUUCUCUGCCGGUGCUCGGGACCUGAAUCAGAAAGAGACAGAAGCUUUCCUUGCUGCUGGAGACACUGAUCAUGAUGGAAAGAUUGGAGUUGAAGAGUUCAAGAAUAUGGUGAAGGCAUGAAGAAAGUGAACGAGCCGCUACUCUCUCAAUCCUGAGCAGUCACAACACUCUGUCUAACAUCUCGCAUAGCAAGCGCAUUUUUAUUUAUACAUUUUGAUACAGUUAAUGGCAUUAAUAAAUGUCAAAAUAUCGUUUCCUUUGUUGAAACUUUUUAACAGGACAUUUUCUGUGCAUGUUACUUUAAUAUUUAUUACUUGAUGUCUUAAUUGUGGAAAUUGCCUCAAAUCGCCAAAUCCACAAAAUAAUA